CACGGGCUAUCACACAAACUAUGAUGUUACAGAGGACAACAUGUUUACCCGGAUCUGUCCCUAACGGAGCUCCUCGGCUGUGAUGUCUCUGCCUCCAGAGAAAGCUUCCGAGCUGAAGCAGAUCAUUCACGACCAUCUGCUCAAGAUCGACAUCCACGGGAGGAUCCGAGAGGUGCUGGCCGAGACCGGGGGGAGCGACCACGGCGGGUCGCAUGGAGCCCUGUCCGAGACGGAGUGCCUCCACGCUCUGCAGCGCAGGGGCAUCAUCGAGGACGUGAUGAAGGACAUACGCUUCACGCAGGAAAGCACAACAGCUGCAGAAACCGGUUCCCCCCCGAAGCCCGCCACUCACUUUGUAGACAAGAAUAUUACUCGGCUGAAAAAAACCGACAUCGACCGGUCCAGGCGGCGGUUGUACGUCCAAGUGCUCGGAGGCAAGGCCUUUCUGGAGCACCUCCAGGAGCCGGAGCCUCUCCCGGGUCAGGUGAGCUCUACGUUGACGCUCUACCUGCACUUCCGCAACCAGAGGUUCCGCUCACAGCCGGUGCCCUGCGCCCUGGAGCCGGACCUGAAGGAGGGUUUCGUCCUGGAGGUCAACAGAGACGGUGAGUGCAGCAAAAUGCCAGACGCCACCUCCAUGCUGUCCCUGUGCGACCCGGUUCACUUGGUGCUGAUCAGGACGGACACGUCCGGCGAGACGGCGCUGGUGUCGUCCUACUUCCUGGACUGGAGGGCGGUGCUCGGCGCGCCCAGCGGGAAGACCUGCUUUGCCGUGGAGCUGAUGGGAGUCGGAAGUGAAUGCAAAGUCCCGGCCGGUGUCCUGACCGUCAGUCUGGAGCUCCUCCCCCCUCUCACUGAGACGCUGAGCGCCGCCGUCAUCAGCACGCAGCAAUCACUGGAGAGGCAGAGGACGGCAGAGAAGGAGAGGCUCUUCCUGGUUUACGCCAAGCAGUGGUGGAGGGAGUUCCUGGAGAUCCGACCGUCCAACCGAUCCAAGAUGGUGAAGAUCUUCGCUCAGGACGAGAACGGCGUAAACAGGCCGGCGUGCGCGUACGUGCGCGUGCUGCGGGCCGGCCGGCUGCUGGAGACGCCCCGGCAGGCGGCCCGCUUCGUCAGCCUGCUGGCCCACGAGAAGGCGCCGGUGGUGGGGGGGGGGGGCGGGGCCAAGCAGGAGCAGUGGUGCACGCUGAUGGCGUUCCUGUGUCGAGGGAAGGGGGACUGCGAGGACCACGCCGCCCUGCUGUGCAGCCUGCUGCUGGGCUUCGGCCUGGACGCCUACGUGUGCGUGGGCACCAAGGCCAAAGGGGUGCCGCACGCCUGGGUCCUGACCCGCGGCGCCGACGGCAGCGCCACCUUCUGGGAGAGUCUCACGGCGCGCAGGUACCUGCACCGGGCCGUGGACCCGGACGCCCCCCCCCUGGCCCCCCAGCCCCGGCCCUCCUCCCCCUACCGCACCGUGGGCUGCGUCUUCAACCAGCAGAGCUUCCUGGCCAACGGGCAGCCGUCCGACGCCGUGGAGCUCUGCGUCUUCGACUUCCAGAAUCAGUCCCGGUGGAAGGCGAUGAGCGAGGAGGCCCUGAGGUCCGUGUGCGCCCCGGGCGCCACCGCCGCCCUGCCCCCGCUGCCCCCCCUCUGCGCCCCGUCUCUGGACGCGGCCGCCGCCAGCAACCAGCUGGAGCUGGAGAUGCGCCUCCUGGUCGCCGAGCGCCGGAAGGACCUGGAGCUGGCGACCGUGUGGGACGACCACCUGUCCUACCUGCUGUCCUCGGCGCUGGCGGUCUACGAGCUGGAGCGCUGCACCGGCGUCUCCUGCGGCAACGAGGAGUUCCAGGACGCGGUGAGGCGGGCGGUGCCGGACGGGCACACCUUCAAAGGCUUCCCCAUCCACUUCCUGCACCGCAACGCGCGCAGGGCCUUCGCCACCUGCCUCAGGUCUGUGUUCUGUGAGGAGAUCGUGUGUUGCCGUGGCGACCAUGUGAGGCUGGCGGUCCGCGUCCGCGUGUUUGCCUACCCGGAGAACGCCUGCGCCGUGUGGCUCAUGUUUGCGUGUAAAUACCGCUCGGUGCUCUGAGCGGCGGCGUGGCACCGCGACCCGGACAGGAAGGAGGCCACGGGCCUGGUACUGGUACCAAGCCUGGUACUGGAGGCCACAGUCCCGGUACUGGAGCAGCCGGCCCACGAUGGGGCUCGGCGCUCAUGUUUGUGAUGCUUUGUAGACGUUUCAUUUGUACAGACACUUCCACAUAAUUGUAUUUAUUUAUCUAUUUUUUAAAAAUAAAGAAACCUUUUUUUAAUAUA